CUCGACGAGAACUUGCGACGACAACACGGCGGGACUGCACUGUGUAUAGCGCAUUACUAACAGAGAGCAUCCAGUCACAGAUUUCCAGAUCAGCAGACAGCAGCAUGGCGUCGCCGGGCCCGCCUCCGUACUCGCAGGAGCAGAUCGCUGCGAUGACCUCACCGGAAGAACGCAUACGCGCAUUCGCGGAGCUCAAGAGCUAUAUUGCGCGCCUCAAGAAAGAGAAAGAGGAGCGCGAAAACGCACAGUCCAAAGGUUAUCCCAGCCCCGGCUUUCGCAGUGCUGCCGGCAACUACUACAACGCAUCUUAUCGGAAGCGCGGCGGCUACAGCCAUGGUCCUGAUCGCGGCUCUUACCAUCCGUAUCACCGCUCGCACAAUACACACAAGUUCACGCACAACUCGGCCACCUUCACCCCCACCGAGACUCCGAACGAGUCUCGCGAGGGGAGCGACACCGAGGGCCUGCCGAAGCAGCUACUCAACAAGACCGCGAUGAUGAGCGAGCGCCCCCAAACCGAGCUUAAGAAACUCUGCCGCACGUUCACUUCCACAGGCGUCUGUCCCCGCCACGGCUGUCCUUACCUGCACGAUCCGGACAAGCAGGCUGUGUGCAAGCGCUGGUUCUACAAGGAUUCUUGUACCAUGGGGGAUUUGUGCUCUUUGUCGCACGAUGCCUCACCCCACAACGCGCCUACUUGCCUCCAUUUCCAGGCUGGCCGAUGCAACAACGACGAUUGCCGCUUCGCUCAUGUUCGCAUCAAUCCCACUGCGCCCAACUGCGAAGCAUUUGGAACCUUGGGCUACUGUGGUAAGGGAGAUAGAUGCGCCGAGCUACAUGCACAUGAGUGUCCCGGUUUUGCCAACACGGGUACUUGUCGCUACGGCAACGACUGUCGUCUGGGCCACGUCCACCGCGCCUCUCGAAUGAGAAAGACGACUCGUCCCUCUUCACCCGUACGCUCUCCUUCGUCCAACCAGGCUGACCGUUCCCGUGCGCCCGAGGACAAGAUGGAUACCACCGAGGAUAACCCGGAGCGCAUCAUGCCAAGGAUUGGUGAUGACCAGAAACCUCAUCAGUUUACCCAGCAGGCAGAUUUUGUUCCCUUCGAUGUGGACCAGUGAGCAUUGCCAGGCCACCGGCUGGUCUGGUGAUUUCCGGACACUGGUAUGUUUCUCCCUACUCAUUUCUCGUCAUAGUUCCGCCUAAUUUUCUUAUUUCAAGUUGCAAUGUCUACAAGCCUCCUAACCUAUUAGGUUCUCGACCUGGUUGCCUUUUAGCUUAUCUUGACUGUUGAAGGUCCAGUGCUUCUACGGCCAUGGCGUUCAGGGUUCUUUUCAGUGAUACCCCUUCUUGCAAUUUCCUACUUCUGUCAUUUCGUUGUUUCUAUUCCGGGCUGCUGCCCCAUCAACAUUGCAAGCAUACGGCACAACCGCAGGCGAAUGUACAUGCGUAGUUUAUCCUACGCAGAACAUGUCAAAGUCGGUGUUGGCUUGCUGCUUGGUAGGGUUCUACUCUCCAUGAUACUGUAUGUGCAUAUGCGAAAGAGACCGAAAAAAGAAGAAGAAAAACGCAUGUAAUGAG